AAGAUGUCGAGCAGGAGGAGUUUUGGAGACCCCGAGAUUCUGACCAGACGAAUCCCACAGAAUCCCAAAUACCAACACAUCAAAACCCGCCUGGAUACUGCUGGUUCACCCCAGAGAGUGUGGGGUUGA